CAACUAUUUAAUCUAAAAGGCUUAUAAAUCAUAAAUCAACAUUUUUUUUUUGCACAUGUCAAAAGUUCCCAAAGAGAUAGCAACGUACUGCGCAUCGAGAUCAUUAUAAAAGCGCUGCCCAAUUUAUGAGCUGUUAGUAGUCGACGGUUAAGCGCUCCAGACUCAUAAGUAAGAUGAAGCUUUCAAUUAUCGCUCUAAUUUGCUUCCUAGUGGGCUACACACUAGCCUAUCCCAAUCCGAGUGUUGAAGAGAAGCCCACGCUCAAUUUGAACCACCCAACGGCCGAUCCUCUUUUAGAAGUGCGUUGGAUACAGGAUGAAAGAGACCCGUUGUGCUGGUUCCAAGUCACGCCGUAUAGUAAAUUGAAAGCCUGUGCAUGAAUAUAAUAAAUAAAUAAUAUAUAAUACUGGAAAAAUUUGCUAACACAUUUUGCAAGCUCGGCUUUAAAUAAGGAAAUGUUUAUAAAGCUAUUAAUGUAUAUGACUUUUUCAAUAAACAAGUGAGAUAUGUGGACUAUGAGCCUUAAGUUCCAUUUAAGGCUCCGAUGCUUAUAGUCUAUAUGAAUAAAUGAAAGGUUGAGUCAUCAGCCUUAUCAUAAAUCAAUCAAAAGUGCAAAUCUUAUUGACUAUUGACUAUAAAAGGGCUUUUGAAUGCUCUAGCUGUUAUUAGUGAGCAGUGCAACGUUCCAGACUCAUAAGCAAUAUGAAGCUCGCACUUGCUGUGCUACUUUGCUGGCAAGUGGCCUGCACACUGGGAAGUAGCGAUCUCCAUAUUGACAACAACCUAGUCCUGGAUUUGCAGUGUCCGGUGCAUUUGUUUAAAGAUGGUGACGCCUGUGUGCAGCAGUGUCCUUUGCACAAGCGGCCCAAGCGUGGCGAAUGCGUGUCCUGCAAUGAACCCUGUCCUAAAACCUGCCAGGGCCUGCCAGACCUGUCCAUGCUGCAUGUAGGCAACAUAGACAGCUUCCAGAACUGCACUUACAUUGAGGGCGAUAUAAAUGUGCUGCAUGCCACGUUCUCGGGCCACAAGCUCGGGCCCAUGCAUCCCGAUCGCCUGGAAGUAUUUUCUACAGUCAAGGAAAUCAAUGGCAAUUUGCUCAUCUAUGGCGCCUUCCAUGAUGACUUUAAGAAUCUUUCUUACUUUCGCAAUCUGGAAGCUAUACACGGAUUUAAUAUUAUACGCAAGAACUUUGAAGCACUCUACAUAGGCGUCUCAUCGCUUUCCAGUCUGCAGCUGCGCAAUCUGAAGCGCAUUGGCUCUGGCCGCGUCGUCAUUGAACACAACCAUGAGUUAUGCUAUGUUAACAAUAUUGAGUGGUCCAAGCUGCAGCAGUCCAAUGACCAAAAGCAGUUUGCCAUGAUAAGAAAUAAUCGAAAAGCAUCCGAGUGCCUUAAAUUGGGUGAAGUCUGCUCGGAUCAGUGCAAUAGUAAUGGCUGCUGGGGCUCCGGACCAGAUCAAUGUCUCAACUGGUAAUUUAAACAGCAGCUCUAAGUUUGAUGAUCCGCACAGCCUGAGAUUGAUGUUCGCCUUCCAAUGGAACCA